AUGAUGCAAAACGUGGAACACUUAGCGCUUUUUCAUGGCCACAUUGCUAGCAACAUUGGUUCAAAAUUCGACAUUAACACAGAGUUCACUAACUAUCAACCGAACCAUCUUCAUUAUGUUAACCCCGUCGGUCAUAAGGAACUUUUGAGCGCCAUUGUAUUGUCAGAAAAGGAAAAACUAGAAGAUGUACUUCAGAAUUCCUUGGCAGUGUCUUUACGAUUUGAUGGUUCUGUUGAUAGAAAUCAAAUAGACAACGAAUAUGUGUUGGCCAAGACUGUAAAUAAAAAAGGGGAAGAAAAUCUCUAUUUGCUUGGGUUUGAAGAACCAAACGAGCAGGGCGCAGAAGGAGCACUAACGGCUAUUCAGAAUGCUGUUGAAAAAUGA